AGGAACGGCGAUGACUUCGCAAAGACUGAAAUAGAAAGCUUUCGCGAUACGGCUGGUUGAAGUCACUCUUCACGGCCUUUUACCCUUUAAAACACAGUACUACUCUUCAAGAGUAGCCGAAGCCUAUGAGAAUGAUGCAAAUAUCGGUGAAGACGUUAGAUUCACAGACAAAAGUCUUCACGGUGCCCGACGAGUGUACCGUAAAGGAAUUCAAGGAGCAUAUUUCACCUGAUGUGAACAUACCUCCUGAUAAACAAAGACUUAUAUUUAAAGGCAAGGUCCUUCAAGAUGAUAAGAAGCUCUCAGAGUAUGGAGCCGACGGCUGUGUGAUCCACCUUGUUGAAAGAAAACCGACUGUUCCUGGUUCUCAAGAUGGUGCCAAUGGUUCUUCCAGCACUUCCACCAGUUCAUCUACUCCAGGAGGUCCUUCUUUUGGUCUGGGUCCUAACAUCGUCAUGGGAGCAUUUUCUAUGCCAGUUGAUGUUGUUGGUGCUACUCAGCAAAUAGUCCAGAGUCUGGUUAAUCAACUUGGAGUGGAUUCAGCCCAAGCUAAUAUCAGUACAACAUCAUCUGAUGAUGGAUCGUCUGUCAAUGUUCAUAUUAACCUUCAAGCAACAACUCAGCCUGGAAAUGAUGUGUCCCAGCGGAUUAACAGGGCCAGACACUUCAUGACAGCUGCAUCUUCCUGUCUAAACCGGACUGAGGGUGAGGGUGUGCUUCCUAUGGACACAUCAGAAACGCCAAGUACCGGUACUGAAAACACCAAUCAAACUCAAGGAACCUCCACAGAAGCUGCGAGCCAAACUUCAUCCCUUGCUAGCCCGGCAGCCCUGGCACAGAUAUUGAGAGAAGCAAGAGACUCAAUGACAUCCAUGCAAACAGUACUGGAGAGAUAUGCUUCUCUUCUGGACACUAACAGGCCUGAGGACUUGGGUCCAUCUGAAGACACCUUACCUGACCGAGUAGCUGAAUCAUUUCACAAUCUUAGCCAUGCUUACCAUGCCCUGUCAGAUUUGACAUUCAAUUUCCGUGGUCCAGAGCCAAGGCGACCAAGUGUUCUGACAUCUCUGUCUCCACACAUGCCAUCAGUACCCAUGCUGUCCAGCUUUGUGGGUGCACCUCAAAUGAUACGCACACAACAGCCACAGCAAACCCCUGCCAGUUCUGCAGCACCACAGGCCAGCCAGCCAACCCAGCCAACCUUGCCAACUCCAGCUACUCCACAGUUGCCACUGGGAACUAACCAGAACUUAAGAAUUCAUGUGAAUCCUCAAGGUGGAAUCUCAUUUACUACCAUAAUAUCAAAUGUAUCUCAAGGUGGAACUGCUGCUGCAUCAUCGGUCAAUUCACAGUCAACACCAUCUACUACAUCCACUAGUGGAACAAGGAUGAGUGCCAGUGCAGACAAUGGUGCCGCACGAGAGACUUUUUCAAGCUCCUUUGGGGAGCAACGUUCCUCAGUUGGUACUAACACAAAUGGCAGCAGCACCAGUACAUCAACGCAGACUUCACAGCCUGGCGUACGGACUCGCAUCAUAGUAGAUGAUUUUAUUGCAUUAAUUUCAAAUGUUCCAGCUUCCAUGGCUGCAGCUGCCGCAGCAGCCCAGGGUCAGAUACCACCAGCAAUGACCGGGGCUCAGAAUCCGGGCUCACAAGGACAAGGUGCAGCAACAGCCACAGCCACAGCAACCACUACAAGUCAGCCACAGCCACAAUCACAAACCCAGUCAGUGCCGACACCUGCAGCACAGAGUGCCACCCCAGGGCAGGAGCAAGCAAGACCUCAGGGAUUACCAGCAGGACUGUCCAUGAAUCUUCUCUCUGGCAUGCCCACAGCAAAUUCAAAUCACCCAGACCCAUCUUUGCCUUGCCAGUCAUUUCAUUUUGGGCCACAGGGUCAGCGUGCUCAGUCACAGCAGACCAGCCAGCAGUCGACCCAAUCCACUACCAGUACUACCAAUACUACUAGUACUCAGGCUGAGACUCCAGUUACUAGCACACCUCAGAGUCAAGCUCCAUCUCGGGAGGGAAGUGAACAGACUUCCAACCCUGUUAACCCACCACCUGCACGGGAGAGGCCAAGACCACCACGAGACGAGAGGACAAGAGCUCGUGAGCGCACAAUAUCUCCAGCUGAUUUACAGGGGAUAUUGGGAAUGAUGGCAUAUGAUCAACGCACUGGCGGCGCUCGAGGGCUUUCAUCAUAUUUCCCCAGAGGCUUUAAUCCAAGAGGAAGUAGACAGUCAAGUGGACCAAUGAGUGGAUCAGAAACAAGACGAUCAAUGAUGGAUUUCUUAGAUACAAUAAUGUCAGACAUUCACAGCCACAGUGAAGGAGCAGGCCAGACACAGACAAUCAACUCUCUGAUCCAAACCAUGCGAGCAAGUGGGCUGGAUAUACAAGAUGAAGAAGGAUUAAUUGCAGCCCUGUACCAGCGCCUGAGUGCUGUGCUGACAAUGGAGGAUGUUAUGGGUGUGGUUGUAGGUUCAGAAGAACCAUUUGAACGAAUGCAGCCAGCUUUAAUGCUGUACGUAAACGAGGACCUUUUGCGUGGAAAAGAAGCCACACACCAGAACAUCAGUGAAGCAGCAAAGGAAUUGACUAAAGAGAUUGUGGCUGGUGUUGCCGAUUCCCUGAGAGUUGCGUCCACAAAAGAUGACAUUGAUAUUGUUGAAUCAGCACAAAGUUUCCUGGAGCAUUACAUUGGAAAUGCCAUAAGCCUGGUUUUACAUUCAGAAGACGAACCGAGGUUUGCAGAGUACUUUCAAGGCCACAUGAAAGACAUAGCGGCAGAAUUCUUUACACUGCUGGUGUUCAGCUACAGGGAUGGAAUGGAUGGAGUGGAGCAAGUUAUCAGGAAUAGAUUGCCACAGUCAAGCUUAACAGCGGACAUGAAUGAACAGUCACGAGAAAUGUUCGUCCAGCUGCUACUCAGGAACAUUCGACAGAUGUACUACAGCAGAGCUUACUGCGAACCACGACUACAACGCUUUAUGAUACGCGCUCAGCCCCCCCAGCCGCCUUCACGACCUGAACCUUCUUCACGGCCUCAAGCCUCUUCAGAGCCCCAAGCUCCUUCGAGACCCAUGGCUGAGGAAAACCCUGCAGUCGAUGAGAAGGUGGAUGGGGCUGUAGACGACGAAAUGGACAGUCAUGGCUCUGAUGACUCGGAGACGUUUACUACUCCCCCCGGAUCCAUUACAGCAGGCACUGAUUCAGACAGGCUGCAGACAGAGUGUCCGGAUGGGGAGGAGGCUAUGGAGGAUGAAGACAGGGAUGAAGAGUGGAAGUCCAUCAUGCCCGAGGAAUGGAUCCCUGUUAUCACAACAGAUAUUGUACGGCAGAGGAGAGUGUCACCCCAGGCACCUUUCAGUGAUGCUUAUAUCAAUGGACUACCACCCAAGAGGCGUAAGAUGGUAGAUCAGCGAGGCAUUACCCCAAGUGAAGACAGCAUUGGUGACGCACUGAAGCAUGCCGCUGCCGCCACCGGAGCCACGCCUCUCACCAGUCUGGAAGAUCUCUCCAAAGCCGCCAAGGGAAAUCGUAAACUCCACGGAGCGUACCGCCGAGAGAUUAAGAAAGAAGUCAAGACAAGACUGGAAAAAGACACCGACUACCGUCCCGAUAGAUUUCCUCAGACAAGAGACUAUUUUGACAAAGACACGCAGAGGAAGUAGACCCGAGAGAACAGCGGGCCAAACUUAGAAUUUUUUGAAGGUACUCUGCCGCGGGCGGAAUCGGUCAUCUUAGUGUUUGACCACCCAUCCGCGCGACUCGCCUGGAGCAGAGGAGGUUUUUCGUAUUGAAGUUGAAAAUCGUUAAAUGAAGGUGCUUUUUCAAGCUAACCUGAUGGACCUUCGAUCUUUGUGAGAACAAGAGCUGUGUUUCGGUGGACAAGUUCAGAACUUGCACAGAUUUAUGAGUCAAACGUUUUCAAAUUUUCUUUUGCUUUCUUUGUUGGUUUUUUCCUUUUUUUUUUUUCUUUUUUGUCUUCCUGUUUGACUUGUAUAAGCACACUUCUCAAGUCAGUUCUUACUUAGCCUUAAACCUGAACUUUUGGUAGGUACAGUAUUCAAGAUUGAAUCUAGAAUGGCGAAAAUCGAAUAAAUGAAUGGUGCUUGUAAUUAGACACCGUGCGCAUAUAUCUUUUUAACUAAGCACGAGGUCCGUACUGGGAAAAUAUUGGCCCUCGGUCUUGACAGUACGGACCGAGGUCCGUACAAAAGAAGACCGAGGGCUGACUUUCUCCCAGUACGGUCCCGAGUAAACCUGUUGAUAAGAAACUUAUUACACGACUGGAAAUGUUUAGGAAAAAAAUGCCACGAUCACGGAGUCUUUUAUGUCAAAGCAAGUUCUUCCAGAAACAUAAGCCAUAAAACUACCAGAAAAUCUUUAAGAAUUAUUUUAUAGGAUCAUUUGGGGUAUUGCACGGUCCAAUACUUAGAGAAUGUUGGACCGGCAAUGGGGCAAUCUGGUUGGUUGAUUUUAGUUAUAUUUGACCUCUGAACUAACUUAGUCGGGUAAUAAUCAAUCGUAAUUCCUCAAAAUGUUAUGUGGAACUUCCAUUCUGGAGCUUGACCCAACCUGUUCAGCAGUGACGGUCGUGGGCAGAAAUAUUUUCUUCUUAGUCUUUCUGCACAAUGCUACUUCCAGUUGCGAUUACGAGAUUGUUGCCAGUAGACUCUUGAACAGGGAUUGUAAGGUCUUUUAACCCCUAAUGUAUGACCGUUCGAAUGGAGCUAACGAAAUCGAGAAGUGCUUUCAGGAGGUACUGUUCGUUUCUAGUCUUAUUCUGCAUAGUUAGUCUUUUAAAGAAGUUUUCUUUUUUGAACCUUGGCAUUCUUCGGAGCAAAAGGCAAGUUGUGUUUUAUAGCUGUGUUACGAAGGGCGCAAGUGUUCGUGGUAACCAAAUUUGUAGCAGUGAAGACUGAUGCUGGGGCUGUAGACAAAGAGUUAUGGUUAGGCCUGCAGUUACGCACUGUUAAUUCGUUAUCUCAAAACCUAGGCCUGCGUUACACAGGGAAGUAAGUGUUGUUAAUUAAUCAGUCAAGACUUGUGAGUUUAUUAAGAACUGUGUAUCGCUUGCCAGGACGGUUGAAAGUAUAUGGUAGAAAGGUUCUACUACAAUCGACUACACUAGAUAAGAACGGAAACGGCAAUUGAAAUAAAUCACUACCGCAGUCAUGUUA